GGGUUCAGUCAUCUCGCGCCAGCCGAGCCACGCGCAUACUGUUCUUCUUCGACACGAUUACUCGCGACAAUCUUUCUUGGCUUGGUAUUCUAACGCGAAUUUUCUUUUACGAUAUAACAACAACAACAACAACAACAACAACAACAACAACGAUAACAAUAACAAUAACAACAACAAUAAUAACAACAACGAUAAUAACAAUAACAACGUUGUUUCUUCUCUUUAGUCCAAUAAUUAUCGUUAAACACGUUAAGGACGAAGACAAUCAACGACAACUGUCUCUCCUCUCUCUCUCUCUCUCUCUUUUUCUCUGUCUUUCCCUCUUUUUCUUUCUUUCUAUUUUCUUUUCUCUUCUUUCCUCUUCUCAUUUCUUUUUUCAACACUCAAAGAGCGCAAGUUCGGAACUGGACCGCCCUCUCCGGACGGAAGCCACGGAACAACACCCCCACUCAACUCCCUCCACCGAAUCAGACUACCACCUCCACCUCCUCCUCCUCCUCCUCCUUCUUCUCUUAUGAGAGUGAGAGAAAGAAAGAGAGAGAGAGAGAGAGUGAGUGAGUGAACGAGUGAGCGAGUGAGUGAACGAGUGAGAAAGAGAGAGAGAGAGAGAAAGAGAGAGAGAGAGAGAAAGAGAGAAAGAGAGAAAGAAAGAAAGAGAGAGAACGUUUCACGCCAACCCCCCACUUUCGACAAGGAGAGGCAGAUACUCCGACGAUAGAGCCUCCGGCACACGGGCACCGAGAGUACCACGCGAGUGGAGAACCCGUGGCUCCGUCGCGUUCAACCCCCCGAAGAAGAUCGGAGGACCUGAGGAUCGAAAAGGGAAUAUUAAUACGUGGAUCGUAUAUAAAGAAAAAUUAUCUCUCUAUCUCUCUCUCUCUCUCGAUCUAAAUCGUCUCGUUAUAAAUCAUUUCGACAAUUUGUAAAAAAAACAUACGUGAUCGUAAAGGAAAAAACGGGUCCGUUUACGUUAAGUCGAUUCGAUGAAGGAAAAUUAGUGACUAAUAAUCCCUAAACGGUCGGGUCGGUCGGUCCAUCGGUCCAUCGGUCCAUCAUCAAUUCGGAGGAUGGAGAACGUGAGAUCAUCGACGACAUCGAGGAACAACGAUCAUUGGCAUCAAGAUCGAUAAACACGGGGUGGUUUCCGUAAAAAGAAAAAGACGAAGGAAAAGAAACGGGGGGUGAUCGAGUAUCGUUUAUUACUUAAUCUAAAGGAAGGGGAAGUAUACAGGAAAAUUUGUACGGACCACCCCGUUGUAAACGUUUCUCCGCGUGUAUAAUGUGUGAGUGACAAGUUUUGAAAGUUUUCUCAUACAACGACAGUUUUAUUUAUUAUAUAUAAUACGAUAAUUCUUCUUCGGGGCGGGGGGGGGGUUGGGGACCUCGCGAUAAAAGGUGCCGAGGAUGAACUUGAUGAUUUGGAUUUGAAGGAGAAAAAAGGAAAAGAAGAAAAAGGAAAUAGGAGAGAAAGAUAAGUGCACGUGAUAACGAGAUUCGGUUGUUUGGAAGUUUUUUACAUUUGAUAACAAGUUGGAAGGAUUCUCAAUCGUUGUGCCGACGGACUAUCAUGGUAACGUUAAGUGCGAACGGUGGAAGGAACGAGGAUACUCGCUGAAAGGAUUAAUGAGGAUGAUACAGCAGUGAGAGAGAUAGAUUGGGUAGAGGGAGGAGAGGGUUCUUGGCGAGGUUCGAGAUGUCCGCCGUAACCAGCCCGUAUGGACCCACGGAGAUGCUGUCCGACUCGGUCUACAACUACGCAACGACUCGAAGGGGCACCGCCGCCGAUCAGGAUGGUGAGUCCCGAUACGAGACGCAGGCCCAGUUGCAGAUCGCGAGUAUCCAAAAGCCACGGAACAAGCGGAAAAAUUUCAAGCCUAUAAACAGCCGUAUGGCCGAAGUAUCGGAUGAAUCAGAUAGGGAUGAGGAACACGAGCAAGAAUCCGAUGAACUUCUUCUUGGUGUCGAGGAGGUGCCAACCUCAAACGAGAUCCUCGAAUACGAGAGGAAAACGAUGCUUCUGCCAGUUGCUGUCGGUACGGACGAUAGGUCGAAGCAGCAACAGAGGCUGAACAACAACGAGGUCAGCCCGAUGGACCUCUCGGUCGCGACGAGGCCGCCCUCCUCCGACGUAGACGACGACAGCGGCGAUUCCCUCGGGCACAAGUUCAUCCUCGAACGGCUCAACUCUCAGAAGCUCUAUUCUCCUGGCACGGAGGCCAGGAGUCCAAAUUCGGACUCCUCGGAGAAAAGUGUCGGAAGUGUAGUCCUAGACGCGGAUUCGGGUCGAUUGGAUGAUCAGGAUACCCCGUUUGAUGACGAUCGAAUGCAGGAUGGAGAUGGAGAUGGCGAUGGCGAUGGUGAUGUUGAUGGUGACGGUGAUGGUGACGUAGAAGUGGAAUGCGAAGAGAGAAAACCAUUCGAAGGAAUGAGAGAGUACGCUGAAUCGACCAUGCAAGAACUAUUAGCGAUUUAUGGUCUCUCCGGUGGUGAACUCGCGAAAUCGGUCAGUCGGCAGCUACCGCCUACUUUCAUGAACCCUAGUACUGGUCAACAUGGUCAGGGAAAGGUGAGAGUGAAGGAAGAGAAGGACGCCUCUUCGAUGGCACCGGGUAGUCCACCGACGCCACCACAUACACCUCAAAGUCCACCGAGACAAAAUCUACCGGGUGGCAAUCUUUCUCAGUCCUGCCAAACGUCGAACGCGAAUUCUCCGAGUUUACAACAGCAACAACAGCAGCAACAGCAACAGCAUCAUCAUCAUCAUCAUCAUCAUCACCAUCAUCAACAACAACAACAACAACAACAGCAGCAGCAGCAACAGCAGCAUCAGCAGCAACAACAACAACAACAACAAUCACAGCAACAUCAACAGCAGGAUCAGCAACAACAUUCGAUUCAUCCAAUUACGAAUUCGCCAUUAAGUCAAAUCCUCGUACAGAAUCCGGCGUUGACACAAUUGUUGCAACAAAAUCCAGCGAUACUCUCACAAAAUCCUCAAUUGGCCCAAUUGCUCCAACAAAAUCUUCAAGUUCAAAUGGGAAGUGUCCUCUUUCAGAACGUUAGAAGGGAGGAAGCUGAGGAUUCGAGGGUACCGCCGACAAUAGCAAGUCUGGCGGCAAUGAAGGUGGAGGCAGCUGACCCGAAGGUUUCCGCGCUGCUCAGGCAAAGCAUGUCACCGGUAGCGGACAGCAUGAUCGCUGGUGCGAAAUCAUCGGUGUCGCAGCCUAUAAUCGAUUACUCUCGAUAUGUCAGGAGAUAUACGUCCGGUCAGGAAUGCGGUAGCUCUUAUUGCAAGGAAUUAGGAUGUAGAGAACAUUUUCAUUGUCUCGAUUGUAGUGGUAGGGUGUUUGUAAAGAAGGAGGAAAUGAUCAGGCAUUUCAAGUGGCACAAAAAGAGAGACGAAUCCUUGCAGCAUGGUUUCAUGAGAUAUUCGCCAACGGACGAUUGUUCGGAAAGGCAUCCAGGUCGAGCUUGUCCGCAUAAUAGAAAGCAAACUCACUAUCAUUGCAUACACGAAAAUUGCGACAAGGUUUAUAUAUCGACCUCGGACGUACAGAUGCACGCGAAUUAUCAUCGCAAGGAUUCCGCGAUUAUUCAAGAGGGCUUUCAACGAUAUCGUGCCACUGAAAGUUGUGCCACCGAUCAUUGCCCCUUCGUCGGACAACGAACGACGCACUUCCACUGUCGGCGGCCUGGAUGUCGCUUCACCUUUAAAAAUAAGGCUGACAUGGAUAAACACAAGUCGUAUCACAUUAAAGACGAGCAGUUGUCCCGAGACGGAUUCAAGAAAUUCAUGAAAUCCGAAGCCUGUCCCUUCGAACAGUGUCGAUUCUCGCGUGUUUGCAAUCACAUACAUUGCAUACGACCACAUUGUAGUUACGUCCUACAUUCAUCCGGUCAGCUCUUUUCUCAUAAACGAAAACAUGAGCGUCACGAGUCUGAAUUGGCUUAUAGAAAGUACAAGCAAGUUAGCGCCGUUGGCGGGAUAAGGCCGCCAGGAUCUUGGGCACCAGAUGAAAUUAGUAAUCAAGGGUUGUCGCUAAGUCUGAACGGGGAAAGUUCGAAUGAGGGUAGAGGUUCACCGUCGUAUUACUCGUUGGAUGAUUCCUUCCAAAGUGCGAGCGAUUUAGCGAUGGAUCUUACCGCUCCUACGAAUAGUAUGACGUCUACCAGUAACUCGGUUGUUAGCAUCGAUCAACAACAACAACAACAACAACAACAACAACAACAACAACAGCAGCAGCAACAGCAGCAACAACAACAACAGCAACAACAACAACAGCAACAACAACAACAACAGCAACAGCAACAACAGCAACAGCAACAACAACAACAACAACAGCAGCAGCAACAACAGCAGCAACUCACACCGGCGGAAUUAGCCUAUCUUGUAUCGGCCAAUUCGGAUUGUCCCUGCCAAUUGGGUAGGGAUCAUCAUCAUUGUGGGUUGGAUCGUUGCGGUGCCACUUUAAAGGAUCCUCGCGAAGUCAGGGAACAUUUGAGGGAACACGAAACUCAGGAACGUAUCACGGACGCCUUCUUCGAAGAAGGCGGCUGUGACGAUAGCUGUCCGUACGCUGAUAAAGAAAAACAUUAUCAUUGUAAUUGGGAAAAUUGUCGGGAGGUCAUUCUGUCAACGGACAAACCAUUUCGAAGACUUCAACAUUAUAAAAUUCACGAGUACAGUCGACAAUUGAAUCUCUCUUGUCCCUCGCACGCUCUUUCAUCCGACGUAACGCUCACUCACCUGACCAAUAUCGACGCCAUGUUUAGGCGGAAAAGAGGUAGACCACCGAAAAACAGAGUGAUCGAGAUUUGGUCAGGUGGAGAUCCGGCCUCGCACACGCACGAUUCCCCGCAAGCCAUUUUUACGAGCUUCAAGUUACCCAAACCGCAAACACCAAGUUUGACACCUACUCCGGUGAUCGAUGAUCGAGAAGGUAGUGUUUCACCUUCGAAUAGUCUCGGUGAACCGGAAGGAUUCGCCACGUACAAUUCCGAAGGUUGUCCAGAUCUCGUUUGCGUUUUACGAUCUACCAGGCAUCAUCAUUGUUCACAACCACGGUGUCAUUUCUCAACUGAUAGACCCGAUCAAUUGUUGAUGCACAGUAAAGACUUUCAUGACAAUGUUGAUAUACCAACAGGCUUUGCCUUUUUCGAUAAAAUGGUUGACUGUCGGUUAUCGAGUUGUCACAGUAAUCGGGUGAAUCGACAUUUUCAUUGUACCAGACCAAACUGUGGAUAUUCUUUCGUUCGAUAUUCAACAAUGGCUCUUCACGAGAAACAACAUUCUGGACACAUCGUUGACGUUUGCACUCAGGAACUUUCCAAUAAGGAAUGUCAGACUCAUCCUCAAUCCUUCAUACAAGAAACUAAACCAAGAAUCCAAGUAAAAAAUCCGGCUGAUCUAAUAGAGAAAACGGAUGACAGCUUGGAAGAGAGCAAAUCGAUGAUCGACGAUAAGGAAAGCGAACUCCCUAGUCCGGACGCUAACAAGACGACCGUGGUGAGGGCGGCAGGCACCUAUUAUCCGGUCAGCGGACCGCCGAGCGAACCCGCACUUCCGGGCGUCGUGCUAUCCAUGCGAGCUUCCGUGCACCAAGAGUCCACGGCCAUACCGUCGUCCGGUACAUCUACCUCAUCCCACACGCUUUACGGGCCGGAACAAAGUUGCAGCAGACCAUUCUGCAAGUUGAAACGUAAGAAUCACUAUCACUGCAAUGCCUGCAAUCAGGCGUUCUCGGAACUGGAUCGAUUGGUCGCUCAUAUAGCCAAGCACUCGACAGGUGCUAUCCUCAGUCAACAACAACACGAUCUACCCAAUCAGUCAUCGUCGUCAUCGGUCUCAUCCAAUCAACUACAGCACGAGUACCUAGCUCAGCUUUCUCAGAAACCGGAUUUCAUGGCACAAAACGCACAGAUGGCACAGAAUAUUCAGAACUUUCAUAAUCAGAUGCAAAGGCAGAUGCAACAGACUCUGGGACAGAUGAGCCAGCAACCGACCCCACCGGCGAAGGAGAUCAAACUUGAGAGUCCAAGAUGUGCUACGGAUAUCGGUGUACAAAGUAUGCCGAAUAUUAAGAGAGAACCAGUUGAGAUUAAGAGAGAGGACGCUGGUAAUUCGGUGCAAGAGACCAACGAGAACAAUCAACGGAUGCCUCAACCGUCGAUGCCGGGAAACGUUCAACAUUCUCCGGCACCUGGACCACCUAGUUUUGAGCUUGAUUUCAGUCAUGGCUUUCACUUUGCGAGUCCAGCGGUAAUGGCAGCUAUGAAUCAACAGAUAGCCCUGAUGAAUCAAGCUCUACCACCGUUUCUUCAACAUGGUGGCAUGUAUACUGGAGGACCUGGACUUAUGUUUGCACCUGGUCUACCACCUACCAAUUUUCUUCCCCCUACCAGGGACGAAAAUCCUCUGGCAUCUCUUGCGGCUAAUCUCAAUCUGAAUAAAAGAUCUCUUUCCCCACCUGACAGCAAUUCACCCGAGGCGAAGAAACAACGUCUUCAUCACUCGAUGCGUAUGCUCAAGGACGAACCUGUUCCCGAAGGAUAUGUUAGGUUCAGAUUCAACGAAGAUUGCCGGUACCCUCACUGCGGUUACAGGGAACAUCAAACUCAUUUCCAUUGCAUGCGCCAAGACUGUGGUUACUCGUUUUGCGACAAGACACGUUUCGUACAGCAUACGGCAAGGCACGAGCGUUUGGACACUCUUAUGGGUGGUGAUUUUCAACAGUACAGAGCCAAUGUGCCCUGUGGCCGUGCACAGUGUGCAUAUACGUCGUCUCUUGGUUCAAUGCAAAACAAAGCAUCGCACUUCCAUUGUUUGAAGUGCGACUUUGUUUGUACAGACACAAACAAGGUAGUUGCCCAUAGGCGUCAACAUGCAAAAUUGGACAGUAUUGCGGCUGCGGGCUUUCAGAAAUUUACGCCUAGUCAGCCGUGUGGUGCCGUGCAGUGUCAACACUCGGGCAAGCAGACUCAUUAUCAUUGUUUGCAGUGUCAGUACGCUGUCUUAGGUCUGGCACAAAUGUCGGCACACAAGUAUCGACACAUGGACACUUAACGGAAAUUUUAUGGUGCAAAAUGCGAGAAAAAUUUCUCCCCGGGUAUAUAUCUAUAGACAUUCCCUGGUAUAUCGGUCGAUGGGAGAGAGAGAGAGAAGGACUAUUGGGUUCUUGGUACAAAUUUUAAUUAGUACCUAUAGACAUUCCUUCAUUCUCCCAAACGAUCAGCAAUUCAUGAUGAUUUACAAAUACAUCAAAUACAGGGAGCUAGUCAAUGAAGCUGGACCGAUUUGAAAUUCGAUGUCCUGUUGAAAGUUUAGAAAAGACGUUGUUGUUCCUUAGUGGUUAGGGAAUAGAAAGAGAAGAGGAUGAAGAUGAAGAUGAAGAAGAAAAUAAAGAGAAAAAGAAAAAUAAGAACAAGGGAAGAAAGAUCAAAGGAUAUACAACUUCUUCAGGGGAUCCAAUCUUCGCGAAGUUGAAACUCGCUAUUGAAGUUUUCGCCUUCCCCCACCCCUCCCCGACUGGCUAGAAAAGAUACGAAAAGAAAAGAAAAGAAACUACGAUAUAUAAGAAAGACACGCUUGAUAUCGAGCGUUCAAGAAGACAAUAAAGCAAGAAGACACUCCUAUCGUAUAUACAAUAUACAUAUGCAAUUAUACACACACACAUACACACACACACACACACACACACAUAUAGCACGAGAAAAGACAAAACUGUAAUAUUUAAUAGAGAAACUUCUUAUAUAUUUGUCACCGUUUAAGCGUCACGUACCCUCCGUGUGGCUGUGAUCGCACACUAAUCAUUUAUUAGAGCUCCUUAUCGUCAAAAAUAUGUAUGUAAUUACAUAUCCAUACACUCACAUAUCUAUAUGUGAGUGCUAAAAUAAGAGACGAAGAAGAAGAAAAAAAAGAGAAAGAGAAAAUUGUAUUGAGUCGAUCAAAGUUAAGAUAAGACUCGAAAGACUAAACAUCGAUUAUCGAGUAUUAACUUUUUCAUGAGGAAGAGUGUUGUCUAGAUAGGAGAAGGCAAACAUGAGUCGGUAACGUAUGUUCGCAAUUUUCUCUCUUGCGAUUAAAAAUAUAUAUAUUUCAUACAUUCAUAUAUAUAUAUAUAUAUAUAUAUAUAUAUAUAUAUAUAUCUAAUAAAAA